CUAUUACAAUGUAUAUAAUUGUAUUUUUUUAAUUCAAUGUGUAUUUUUAUAGACUCCUUUACCACAAUUUAACUGUGGGAAUUGUAUUCAGCCGAGGAAAAUAUUACUAAGAUUUCUAACAUAGCAGUUGAGGAAUCUUGAGAUUAAAUUUUGUUUAGCAUUUUAACUUAGCUUGCUUUAUUGUGCUGUAAGAAUUUACAAUAUCGCGACGUCAAAUAUUCAUGAUUAAUAAUUAACUGCUGGUUAAUAAAUUGUUUUGUGACGCUUGUUCUUUACAAUAUAUCAUCAAUUUUCCGUGGAAUUGUAUUCCUUUAGAAUAAUAUACGUAGGAAAAGUGCGUGUUAAACUGACUUUGUAACUAAAUUCUUAUAGCGAAGCACUACACAGAUACUAAAACAUUUUUACCAUCAUUUUUGUUUAAAUAAAUUAUGAAAGGCUAAAGAAAUGUUGUACGAGGACUACGGUUAAAGAUAAGUCAAAGAUGUUCUCCAAAGUAUGUUUUCUAAACAUUAUUGUGUGCAUUAUUUUAACCGGGGUUAUAGAAGCGAGAUGUCCUUUAUCUGUAUUAAAUGCUUUUCCUUUAAUAUUGGAGUACGCAGUGUGGCGUGGUUGGAGUCAAGCUCUCUUGUACACAUCUCAAUUGGAACCAAGUUGUGACUGGGCUGCAGUUCGGCUAGUUAAAUGUUUGGGACUAAAUGGAAUAGCGACGGCAGUUGAUGUUACAAAGAAACCUAAUGUUACAUCUAAAUUGGGAGUUGCGGUUAUUUUACCAACAUUUCAACACAAUGAAACUAACAGCUUUGAUAUUAAUAUUAAAAAGUUACAUGAUACUGGAAUGAAUGAAGCUUGGUUUGAUUGGUUGAUCACGGCUCGAACGCACAAUGAUUACGAGCAUGUUCACAAUAUACUCAACGAGACUGCCUUACGAUUCGAUGCAAAUAUCGUUGUUGCAUAUCCCAUAUACAAACAGAGAUUUGGAAAUAAAAAUAUUGGAUUAUGCGAUAAUAGUUUUAGAUAUAAAAUGGAUGAAAACGGAUCCACCAAUAAAUCAAAAACUUCAUACAACAAACGUAAUGGAAGUAAAUAUUCGGAUUAUACGAAAAAUCGUUACGGAAAUGUCCGCCAGAGGUUUACAAGAUUUAAGGAUUUGAAACGAAAUACUACAUAUAAAAGCGGUAAUAGAUAUUUACCUUUACUCGCUUCAGGAUCCGUAUAUUAUAAUUAUUCAAGAUAUUUUUAUACAGUUAAUAUAAGUAAUUUAUUCUCUAACAUAACUGGUGGGAUUGAUUUGAAUUUAAAAAAGACAAAUAAUUACCAAAUAUUUUAUCUUGUGCAAUAUUUUAAAGUGCGUAUAAACGGAUCUUUAUAUGGAAGUCCUUUAGGAAUAUGGGACAGAAAUCUUUCAAUGUCAUUAGUAAAACCGCCGCACCCCGUCGAAGCUCGUAACUUCGUAGGCGAACAUUUCAGAAUUGGUUCGUGUAAUUCUUCUGAAGAAGGUGUUGAAGCAAAAGACAUAGACACGAGUUUAUUUAACGAUGUCCUUUAUUUUCUAACCGAUCGACUUAAUGCGACGUCUUAUAUGCAAUACUACAGUAAAUUAGGAUUUCAAACGUAUGAAGGUACUUGGACUGGUCUACUGGGAGCUUUAAUGGACAACUCUAUAGACAUAGCGCUAGACCCUGUGACGUCACACGGUUCCCGAAAUCAGAAUAUGGAUUUUAUCUUCCCUCUAGCGGAAACAAUGUUUAAUAUUUACAUUCGUGAACAAGAAACUACAUCAGUGCGGGACAUAUUCUUGGCGCCGUUUAAUCCUAUCUUACUGGGAUGUGUGUUCGCGAUUGGUAUUGUAUCAACAAUUGUAAUUUACGUCAUCAGCAAAUUGGCGCCUUCCGUGACUAACUGCAGGUCGAUGGGAUUUACAGAGGCAUUAAUUUGGUCCACUGGAAUAUUGUGUCAACAAGGUGGUUCUUCGACUCCAUCAAAUCCCGCAGCAAGCAUAUUGCUGAUAGUCUGUCUCCUAUUUGCGUUGGUCACGUAUAAUUCAUAUGCAGCUUUUAUAACUUCAGUGUUAUCUGUGAGAGUUGCCAGUGUUGAUACAGUGUCAGCUGUACUCCAGUCAUCUGACCUGAAAAUUGGUUAUAUUCGAAAUGGUCCGGAUCAAAUGUAUUUGAUGUCUACAAAAGACGUUCAGCUGAACGCAUUCUACAUACGCGGCUAUUCUGAAGCUGAAAAUCUUGUGUCGUCUGCAGAAGAAGGAUUGUUCCGUGCAGCAAAGCAAGAUUAUGCGUUUUUCUCUGAACAAAGAGCAGCACGAAAAACGUUAAGAUCGCUGAGUCAGGCACGCGGACGGUGUUCGUUACGUGAAUUGGCAGUACCUUCAACGCGAGCUCAGUUGGCAUUCCCACUAUCAAAAGGUUCGCCGUACGCACGGCCUAUAUUAGUCAGGUAG